UUAAAGAACGAUGGAGCCUAAGGCAGAUACCAAGGAAGUGAAGAUUGCGCAGAAUCCAAUCCCCUCGCCGAGCGUCGAUCCGAAAGCUGCGGAUCAUGGACCGACGAAGAAGGAAAGCAUCGAGAUUGAAAUCGAGACGACGAAAGGGAGCGUUCAACGGCCGGUUAGAACUUUGUCUGGAUCGAAGAAAAACGUCCACUGGAGCCCCGAAUUGGUUUCCGGGUCUCAGGAAGCGGAUCAUUCUUACCCCGCCGGAUCUAACCCGUACAACCCCUACAUUGCUCGUUCUCCACCAGACACCACCGAUGCUUCCUUGAAAGAUACGAUGGAGUCUGUGAAAGGAGCGCUUGGGAGAUGGGGAAGGAGGGUUGCUGAAGCUGCCAAGAAGACUGAGAGCCUUGCCGGGAACACGUGGCAGCAUCUGAGAACUGCUCCGAGUUUUGCGGAUGCUGCGAUGGGAAGGAUUGCACAGAGUACUAAGGUUCUUGCAGAAGGAGGAUACGAGAAGAUUUUCCGACAAACCUUUGAGACCGAUCAUGAUGAACAGCUGUUGAACUCUUUUGCAUGUUACUUGUCCACCUCAGCUGGCCCAGUUAUGGGAGUUUUGUAUGUAUCCAAUGCCAAGCUUUCUUACUGUAGCGACAACCCUCUCUCUUACAAAAACGAUGGUCAGACCCAGUGGAGCUACUACAAGGUGAUGAUACCACUACACCAACUUAAAGCAGUGAAUCCGUCAGCAAGCAUAGUGAAUCCUGCUGAGAAGUACAUACAGGUAAUAUCGGUAGACAAUCAUGAGUUCUGGUUCAUGGGUUUCUUAAACUACGAAGGCGCUGUCACAUCUCUGCAAGAAUCUUUGCAAGACAUUGGUUUACGGUCAGUGUGA